GACAUGUACUCUGGUGCUGGGGGCUUUGCUCUGCUUUGCUUUUUUUUUUUCCUUCUUGUUUUUCUUUUUAAAUGUGUAAAGUGAAGAGUUCCUCUUCCCCCCUCUCCCUUCCCACUCCAAAGAACCAACCUCCAGCUCAUUAAACACUGGAACUGUUGCUACUUUGCCAGAGGGGAGAGUGAACCUGUGCCUGCAUGUGUGUAUGUGUAAAAUAGAUACAAAAAUGUCAAUGAACAGCAGGAAAAGUUCUGGGAGACCGUCUUACUACUAUCGACUGCUCCGGAGGUCACGACUUCAGAGACAGCGAAGCAGAUCCCGGAGCCGCAACAGGCCGCUUAGUAGGGAGUCCCCCCCGGAGAGGUGUGGGCAGAGGCGCAGCAUGCCCAGCGGGGUCCCUGAGAAGAACCCCACCAUGGAGCCGGCUGCCACGGCCCCGUUCCGCGUCACGGGGUUCCUCAGCCGCCGGCUUAAAGGCUCCAUCAAAAGGACAAAGAGCCAACCGAAGCUUGACAGGAACAGCAGCUUCCGGCACAUCUUACCUGGCUUCAGGAGCGUGGACAAUGAAAGAUCCCAUCUAAUGCCGAGGCUGAAAGAAUCGCGCUCCCACGAGUCUUUGCUCAGUCCCAGUAGUGCUGUUGAGGCUCUGGAUCUCAGUAUGGAGGAAGAAGUGGUCAUCAAGCCAGUCCACAGUAGCAUCCUGGGACAAGACUAUUGCUUUGAGGUGACGACUUCAUCAGGAAGCAAGUGCUUCUCGUGUCGUUCUGCAGCAGAGCGAGAUAAAUGGAUGGAAAACCUGCGGCGUGCCGUGCACCCAAAUAAGGACAACAGCAGAAGAGUAGAGAAUAUGUUAAAGUUGUGGAUUAUUGAAGCCAAGGACCUGCCAGCUAAGAAGAAGUACUUGUGUGAGUUAUGCCUGGACGAUGUUCUUUAUGCACGAACUACCUGUAAAUUGAAAACUGAUAAUGUGUUUUGGGGGGAGCACUUUGAGUUUAAUAACCUCCCAUCGCUCAAAAACAUUACUGUGCACUUAUACAAAGAGACUGACAAGAAGAAAAAGAAGGACAAGACCAAUUUCAUUGGGCAGGUGAACAUCGCCGUCAGCUCCGUCACGGGCCGGCAGUUUGUGGAGAAGUGGUACCCCGUGGUCAGCCCCAACCCCGGCAAGGGCAAGUCCCCAGGGCCCAUGAUCCGCAUCAAGUCGCGCUACCAGAGCAUGAGCAUCCUUCCCAUGGAGAUGUACAAGGAGUUUGCCGAGUACAUCACCAACAACUACAUGGUGCUGUGCUCGGUGCUGGAGCCCUCGCUGAGCGUCAAGAACAAGGAGGAGAUGGCCUCGGCGCUGGUGCACAUCCUGCAGAGCACAGGCAAGGCCAAGGAUUUCUUGACUGACCUGAUGAUGUCUGAAGUUGAUCGCUGUGGUGAGAAUGAGCAUCUCAUUUUCAGGGAGAACACACUGGCCACCAAAGCAAUCGAGGAAUACCUGAAGCUGGUGGGGCAGAAAUACUUGCAAGAUGCCUUAGGGGAGUUUAUCAAGGCACUGUAUGAAUCAGAUGAAAAUUGUGAGGUGGAUCCCAGUAAGUGUUCAUCUUCAGACCUUCCUGAACAUCAGAGCAACCUGAAGAUGUGCUGUGAGCUGGCCUUCUGCAAAAUCAUCAACUCCUACUGCGUCUUCCCGAGGGAGCUCAAAGAAGUUUUUGCCUCGUGGAGACAAGAGUGCAGCAACCGGGGCCGGCCGGACAUCAGCGAGCGGCUCAUCAGCGCCUCGCUGUUCCUGCGCUUCCUCUGCCCCGCCAUCAUGUCCCCGUCGCUCUUCAGCCUCCUGCAGGAGUACCCGGACGACCGCACGGCGCGCACGCUCACGCUCAUCGCCAAGGUCACCCAGAACCUCGCCAACUUCGCCAAGUUUGGCAGCAAAGAAGAAUACAUGUCCUUUAUGAAUCAGUUCCUGGAACAUGAAUGGACUAACAUGCAGAGAUUUCUCCUGGAGAUUUCCAAUCCUGAAACCAUCUCAAACACAGCUGGCUUUGAAGGCUACAUUGACCUGGGCCGGGAGCUGUCCACGUUGCACUCGCUCCUCUGGGAAGUCAUUUCUCAACUGGAGCAGGGCACUGCAACCAAACUGGGGCCUCUGCCUCGGAUCCUGAGGGACGUCAACUCGGCGCUCAGUAACCCGGCCUGUGUGCAGGUCUCGGUCAUGGCCGAGCACGCUGCCUCCACACCCAGCACUGGCAACAGCAUCUCUGCAGGGCUGCAGAAAAUGGUCAUAGAGAAUGACUUAUCUGGUCUGAUAGAUUUCACACGGUUACCAUCUCCAACCCCCGAAAACAAGGACUUGUUUUUUGUCACAAGGUCUGCCGGGGCCCAGCCCUCGCCCGCCCGAAGCUCCAGUUACUCAGAGGCCAAUGAGCCCGACGUGCAGAUGUCUAAUGGCAGCAAGAGUUUGUCCAUGGUGGACUUGCAGGACAAUCGGCUCCUGGACGGCGGGGCCGGCGCGCUGCCCGGCGUGGCCGAGCCCCUCAGUGACAGUCAGCCGUCCCUGGGGCAGCCGCAGGGCGCGUGGGCCGCACGGACUCAGAGCGGCGUGGCGGCCGCGGCCACGGUGCGCAGGGUGGGCCAGACGCCCACCACGCCGAGCGGCGAGAGCGCGCCGGGCCGGCCCCAGCUCCUGGCGCCUCUGUCCUUCCAGAACCCCGUGUACCAGAUGGCGGCCGGGCUGCCGCUGUCCCCCCGCGGCCUGGCCGACUCGGGCUCCGAGUGCCACAGCUCGCUCAGCUCGCACAGCAACAGCGACGAGCCGGCGGCCGGCAAGCUGGGCUUCGGCGCGCCCGCCGCCGAGGACUUCGCCCGCCGGACAGGGGAGCUGGCGCGCCGGCAGCUCUCGCUGUCGGAGAAGGGCGGGCAGCCCGCGGUGCCGCGGCAGAACAGCGCGGGCCCGCAGCGCCGCAUCGACCAGCCGCCGCCCCCGCCGCCACCCGCGGCCCGCGGCCGCACGCCGCCCUCGCUGCUCGCCGGCGCCCAGUACCCGCGGCCCGCCUCCGGCACCGUGCUGUCCUCCUCGCCCGACUGGCCCGGCAGCGGAGCCCGCCUCCGGCAGCAGUCCUCCUCCUCCAAGGGCGACAGCCCCGAGAUGAAGCAGCGCACCAUGCACAAGCAGGCCCCUUCUCCUGUGAACCCCAAUGCCCUGGACCGCACUGCUGCUUGGCUUUUGAAUAUGAACAUGCAGUUUUUAGAAGAUGAAAGCAUUGACCCAGAUUCCAAGCACAGGGAUAAGCUCAGGAAUAAGGACGAGCUCAGCCAAGCAGAAAAGUACCAGCAGGACCUGGUGGUGCUGCAGGACAAGCUUCGCAUCUCCAACAAGAAGCUGGAGGAGUACGAGACUCGCUUCAAGUGCCAGGAGGAGACCACGCAGAAGCUGAUGCUGGAGUACCAGGCCAGGCUGGAGGAGAGCGAGGAGCGGCUCCGGAGGCAGCAGGAGGACAAGGAGAUCCAGAUGAAGGGCAUCAUCAGCAGACUGAUGUCAGUUGAGGAGGAGCUAAAGAAGGACCAUGCAGAAAUGCAGGCUGCUGUGGAUUCCAAGCAGAAGAUUAUCGAUGCACAGGAGAAACGCAUUGCUUCCCUGGACGCUGCCAACGCACGGCUAAUGAGUGCCCUCACUCAGCUGAAAGAGAGGUACAGCAUGCAGACACGUAAUGGGAUCUCCCCCACAAACCCAACUAAAUUGCAGAUUACAGAGAAUGGAGAAUUCAGAAACAGCAGUAAUUGUUAACCCACGGAGGGUGCUGCAGGACAGGAGGCCUGGCCAGAGACGUGCAGCAGCAGCGUGAGCCGCGGCACCCGGGACACAACCAGCUCCUUUCUGCGGACGCCGCGCUGACUCGGCCUUGGUGGGAGCUGCCAGUGCCGGCACUUUGAGGGGACGGGAAGCUCGAGUGUGAGAUGAGUGGCAUAAGGAGAUCACAUCUGAGCUGAGGAUCGCUUGUCACUGUUGGAUUUCAAUCAGUGUUUUCAGCUCUAAACAAAACAAAAAAAAGAGUAACCUUUUCCUUCUAAAGUGGCCCGAGGACGUGGUCACCCCUCCCAGCCCGGAGUAAGCGAAACGAGGGGAGCUGGGCAGAGCCCGCAGCAGGGGGCGAGGGGGGGCAGGAAGGCUGCUCCUGCAGCUCCCCCAGAGCAGACCCCCAGCCCUCCCUCCCCACCGGGCUUGUCUGAGGCUGUUACAGGGGGUGACUGUCCAUGGGGUGCUUACACAGCUAAUUAGUGUGUAACGAGCUCUGCCCCUGUAGGGAGCGCAGUGCAGAGGGAAGGACAGGGCCAGAGGGUGCUGCCCGGGGAAUGUGGGGCGAGGGCAGGGCAGGAGGGCACGGCUGGGGCUCCCCUGGGCAGCCCAGGGGAGCAGGGCAAGCCCAGUGCACCAAGUGGAGGGAGGAGCUGGCACCUGGUAAAGGGCAACUCAGUUCCUCUCCACAGCUUCUGCUUUCUCACAAACAACGGGGAAGAGUCUUUGUAAGCAAUAGCCCCGGGGCACUGUCCACCCCACUCGCUUCUAGCCACAGAAUAAAGUCAAUGUUGCCUGUGUUUGGUGCCCGAGCUGUGACUGAGGGGCAGGGGCUGUGCAGUUCCUGGUGCCCGUCGUGGUGAGGGGGAGUGAGGGGCUGCAGGAAGCCGCAGCUUCGUGCCUGGCAGAGGGUUCCUUGUGGGGAUGGAAUGCUCUGUGCAGAGGUUUUUACUGUUUCUGGGGAGAAAAACAGGCAAAGAAACAAGAAAAAGGCCCUGAAGAAGCGUGAAGAUCGGUAAUUGUAUUUCUUUUCUUUCACAGUAUGCAUUAGAAACAAAAAGAGCCCAUUUUCUGGAAUACUGUGCUGUUAAAAUUGGGAGUGAGCACUGCAUGGAAAUUAACCGGCUCGAAGAAUGUAAAACAUGGUCAUAAGGGAGUAACCACCAAGAACAGCAGCCACCACCGAAAGAAAGGCCCCUUGUCAGGAGCACUGUGCAGGCAUAAGCCAGGAGUAGACUUUGCUAACUGCUGAGCCACAGUGAGCACGCUCAGCCACGCUGAGGCGCGGUGCUGGCGCGGGGCGGCUCGGGAGCGGGGGCUGUGCCGCUGGGCCCCUGCCACGCUCUGCUUCACGCUUCUGGGGGUUGCUUUUGGUUUUAAGUUAGUGCUUCGUGCCUCCCACUUCUCAGAGCAGGUCCCUCGUACCAAGAGCCAGAGAGAUUUCUCUGGGGUUCGGCUGACAGUGUACAGUGCACAGGACAUCUGCCUGUUCUCCCAGUAAAGUCUGACACGCAGCUCCAGGGCUGUCUGAGCUCCUCCUGCCACGUGCAGACGCACAGUCCCAGGGAGCAGGCUGGGCCUGGGGCUCUGCACAGCUUAGGUGCCGUCUCCAGCCUCCCCUGCCCAGGCUGCCCGAGCAGGACGCUGUUUGCCAGUGAGCUCUGCGUUGCCGUGAAGCUCAUUCACAGCAUCCAGCCACACGCAGCUCUUUGCAAACAAACAUUAAAGAUGCUCUUUGUUUCUCUCCUACACGUGUUGGUGUUCCCUGGAAGCCCUGGGCCGAGCCCCCUGCGGCUCAGUCCUCAGAGGAGCCGGUGUGUCAGCGAGGCCUCUGCAGCAGCCACACAGCACACCCCAAACGGAGCUCCCCAGAGAAAAGGCCCGAGUAUUUGUGGCAAUUGCAGCCACCUUUGAAUUCUGGAGCCUUAGCAGAGAUGGCUGUGAAGAACCUCACAAAACUGACAAGGUUACAACCGGAGAAAGACCCAGACAGGUUAGGAGCAGCCAGGGUGCUGUGAACACUUAGAGCUGCCAUUGCCUCAGAGUCCAACACAUUGUAAGGACCCUGCAAAAGAAAAGACGACUCUCAAUGGCUGUUGCCCUGAGCUGCUUGUUUAGAGCUCAUUGGUGAGAAGCUUUGCAAGAGACAAGUGGCGGUAGAGGAGUGGCCAUGGGGUGGGCAUCCAUCCACAGCCAGCUGGGCUGGGGGCAUGGAGCCAGCGCUCUCCUGAAGAGCUGCAGACAAAAAUAAACACCCACAAAACAGUUGUGGAGUGCUGGUAGCACCAGUACAGCUCAAUCUCAACCUCAACCACAAGCCCAAGGCACUGCUCACCCUGCCUGAGCUGCCAGCCUGUGCUGGGUAACACACAUUGCACUGCUGAACUGGCAGCAACGCUUAGAGCCUGACACAGCCACUUACUAAGAUCACAGAGGUUCCAGUGGCAACAGGUCCUGGAGUUGUUGCUGAGUUUCCUGAGCCAGUAUGAAAAGGAAUUGAAGUCAGGAUGAAUUGUUAGAGCAGAGAUUCCCACCCCUCCUUCCCCUGCAACUGUCACCAACCCGCCCUGACCCUCCCCUCCGCUGGGAAGGGCUGGGGUAGGUGUUGAGAUCCAGGCUCAGCUCAGUUCUGUUACUUGGGUUUGUGUUUCUGUUAUUUAUGAACUGUACCUUGCUCUGUGUGUGUGUGUGUGUGUGUGUGUGUGGGAGGGAGCCGGCUCUGCCGUAGCAAUACCCGAGGCAGGUCCCUGAGGCUGCAGCAAAGCCCCCUGAGGCUGCCCCCAGCCUGUGCUGAUGGGCUCUGCUUCCUUCUCACACGCUCUGCACUAAGAGGCUGUUGUAGUGCAAACUCGUCAAGGUGUAAAUGAAACAGAGUCACACUCAGAUUUUUAUCCUAAUACAAGUCUUACUAUCUUUUGGUAACUGUUUGCAGUGUUUCCUGUAACGUAUCUAUCUCACUAACAGCUGUACAUAGUAACCUGGUGCUGCUUAUUCGGUCAGGGUUUGGCUGUAUCUCACUGCUGUCUCGAGGUGGGUUCAAGCAGCAAAUCUGGAUCCAAGCACCACCCAUGAUUUCAGCCUCCUCCCUUCUGAGGGAGGGGAACAGAGGGAAGCCAGGGAUCCAGAUUUGGGGUUGGUCCACCUCAGGGAUUCUGUUUUAAGAGUUUUGAUUUGGGGUUUUGUUCAACUGUAGUGGACACACCAAAAGAAAUGAGCAAAGAUCUGUUUAAAGGGGGGUGGAAUGGACUGAGCAGUGCCCCGAGGUCUCUGUGGACUGUAAGUAUCAUCUGGGACAGGGAUUAUGGCUUCAGUGCCAAACGACAGGAGGGACCCACGUCCUUCCCCACGUCAGCUAUCACUACAGUGUAAUCACCAGCCCCUUUUGCACCAGUUUAAGCAAAUGCUGCUGCCAUCCAAAGAGUCCUGUGUCACUGCAUUGUCAUUGGAGUCUGGUCAGUGUGUUUCCUGCUGUGGCAGUUGUACAGCACUGAUUGCACUGUGAGCACACGCCGAGUCCUGCAGCCUGGCAGCCAGCCCCACAGCUCGCUGCACGGGGCAGGACAGGCUCUGCAACUACAAAUACUCCUAAAGGGAGAAGGGACUUGAUGCACCUGAGCAAAGCAUCACAGGCUCUCCUAGGAAAGCAAUCAGAGGUAAUGAAGCAUUUCCAGAGUACUCACAGGCUUCUCUCUGUUAGUAAUGAUUCCAGUGUCCGUGCUGGCAGCCGUGCCCAGGGCUCCAUCGCUCUCACUGCAGAGCUCAGCCUGCAGAGAGAGAAAAAACCUGUGACUGCCCUGGGAGUGGGCAGGAGAGGGAGAGGGCUCCUGGGCAGCACAGCCCCUCACCUGCCCACCCCCACUCCUGGGCUCAGCCUCCCCAAACCUGUGGCCCGGCCAGUGCUGGGGCCUGACGUGGCUCCGAGUGUGUGGCCACCAGCAGAUCCCUUCACUGGCCACGGGAAGGGACACUGCCCGGCCCCAGGUAGGACCCUGACUCUUCAGGGCAGUUUCAGAGGAGGCUGCCUGGCCUCAGGGCACAGCCAUGCAGCAAGUGCCCUCUCUGAGCCCUGCCAGGCCCUGCUCUAGCCCCCCACAGACAACUGCUGCCUUUUCCUUCUCCCUUGGGGAAGAUGACAGGCAGGGAGCAGAGGGAGGACACCAGCAACAAGCCAACCUGCAGCUCACGGGGUUACAAAGCAAACCCAACCUUGAGGGCUUUGCACAACGUUCAGAGACACUCAGAGCAGGGGUGUGAGGGUCAAGCCCUGACCCCCAGCUCCCGUGAGCUGUGGCGUUGCUGUAAAUGCCACGUGGCCCCACAUCAGCUCCCCAGCCCCCGAGUGCAGUCUCCAUGUCACAUCUUCCUUUCUCAUGCAUCACUGUGUCUCAAGAUAUACCUCUCUCUGUAUAUCUGCUUCGGCUGAUACUUGUUCCUGAUAAGCAGUUGCUAUGUUUUAUAUCCUCUUAUAAAGACAAACAAAUCUCUUCUUUUGUAAGUAUGUUUAGAAACAACAACAAAGCAGCAAAGUGAAAGUGUUUGCUGAACCUCCUUCAGCUCCUUUUAAACCAUGUAAUAAUGUACAGAGAAAGUUGUUGGUGUUCAAAGAAAUGCUGUGGCCGUGCAAUUUAUGUACAUUUGCAAUUAGAAAUAUUAAAGAUCUAUUUAGAUAUUUUA